AUGAUUCCGAGAAGAAUCAAAUGGGCACCACUGGAGAAGCCCUGGGCCGAGUUAGUGGCAAGAUAUUGCGUUUUUGUUGCAAGGCACCCAUGGCCCUUCAUUAUCGUACCAUGUAUCCUGACAGUAGUCCUCUCAUCUGGCAUCUUUCUCAACUUCAAAAUUGUUCGCGGUGUCUACUAUCUCUAUUCUCCCCUCGAUGCGCGAUGGAAAUCCGAGGAGGCGGUGUUCGGAGAGCAUUGGGCUUCCGAUGAUGAUCAUUUCUAUCCAGGGAAGGAUGUGCUGCGUCGUCGAGGUCUCUAUUUAAUUGUUCAAGCAAAUGACAAAGGCAAUGUGUUGAGGAAAGAAUAUGCCGCUCAAUUUCUUGAGACACUGAAAUGGGUUACAACUGCAAGAUUCAUCUCAUCGGAGGGGAAGCGUUUUUCGUAUUCGGACAACGAGUGCUUCUCCAACACCCAUGCGAAGCUGAUCGCUGAUGUCUACUCGAAAGGGGAUCAGGAUCAUUUCAAUAUGACGUAUCCGCUGUACUACACAAAAUUUGCCACGGAACCCAUCGACGUUUCUCGAACUCUCGGAGGCGUUGUCCUGAACGGCGAUCGGGUAGUCACGUCAGCAAAGGCGUGGCUGGUGUUGUUUCAGCUGAAGCACCACCAGCCUACAAUGGAAAAGCUGAGCGCAGAUUUCGAAAAUGCUGUGGUUCGAGCUGUAGAAGUUGGUGUAGUACCUGGACCGCUUCUGAAUCUCUUCUACUUCCACUCGGACACUUUCGAGCAAGAACUUGCUAAUGAGAAUCGUCGACUCACCCCAAUGUUCUCAAUCACGUUCUCAGUUCUCAUACUGUUCUCCAUCCUUUGCACCUUCAACUUGAAAUGGAUUCCUCUCCCACCAGGAGUGAUUGCGCUCUCAAAUGAUACGCGCGUCAAAAUUCCCGUCGUAGAUUGGGCGCUCAGUAAACCGUUUAUGGGAGUGAUUGGUGUCGUGUCCGCGCUGAUGGCCAUCAUCUCUUCCACAGGUCUACUUUUGUUAGCCGGAGUGAUAUUUGUAGAUAUGUGCACUGUUAUGCCCUUCCUAAGUUUGACUAUCGGCAUCGACGACUCUUUUCUGAUGUUGGCGGCAUGGCACGAGACUCCCCGCCAUCUUCCCGUCGUUGAUCGUAUUCGAAUAUCAAUGAAACACGCGGCCGUAUCCAUCAGUAUUACCACUUUAACGGAUGCUCUAGCGUUUCUCAUCGGUGCAAUUGCCCCGCUGCCAGCGGUGAAAUAUUUCUGCUUCUAUUCCUGUGCAGCUAUAAUCUUCAUUUUUCUCUACUGUUUAUCGAUCUUCGUUGCUUUCUUAUCAUUGCAAGGAAGGCUUGAAGCUCAAAGUCUCAACUCGCUCCUUAUGAGUCCUGUGAAGGAUUUAGCACGGCCUGAAAAGUUAACAAUGCGCGACCUUGCUUUCCAUAUGGGAUCCGUGGUCGAUGAUGUGCUGGAAGUUGAUUGUAUGAACAACAACGACGCUAAACAUGAAUCCAACUAUGCGCAAGAAAAAUCCAAGGAAGUCGUGGACGCACGCAUGUGGUAUCAACGAUUCUUCGAAGACUAUUAUGCAUCAUUUAUCACAUCGAAAUGGAUGGUUGUGUUCUCUGCACUUCUUUUCGGAUGCUAUGUUGCCGCGGCAACUAUUGGGUCUCAACAGGUCGUUGUUGGAUUUGAUCUAAUAAAUAUUGUGCUCGCCGAAUCCAGACCGCGUCGUUUCCUCGAGUUGCGGAGGAAAUUUUUCCCAGAAGAUUUCUCGAGAUUGGACGUAGCGGUGAUGAAGCCCCCAAAAAUGGAAGCGCCCAAAGAGCGUAAAUUGUUCAUGGAACUCCUGAAGAAAUUCGAGAACACUCCCUGUUCGGCUGGGCGGAACAGUACGGAUUUCUGGUACUUUUCCUUCAAAACAUACAUGGAAAAUUUGGGCUUUGGUGACGCAUGGAAGAACGUUGAGGAAGAUGAGGAGAGCUUCGCUGAGAACUUACGAGGAUUUUUAUUGGCGAAUGACAAAUUCUCAUACGAUAUCCUCAGAUAUGGCAAUGGCAGCGCCAAAGCGUUUAGAUUUGUAAUUCGUCUGUCCAACGUUUCCACAGACGAGCUCAUUUACCGCUGCGCCAACACUAUGAGAGGUAUCUGUGAUGACAAUCCGCAGUACGGUCUCAGCACCUACACGCCUCUCUGGAAUCUUGCUGAUCAAUACGAAAUAAUCUGGCCACAAACGAUACAAGAUCUCUACAUAUCGAUCGCAGUAAUGUUAUGCGUGGCGACGCUCUUCAUUCCGCAACCACUUUGCGCUCCGCUGAUAGGAGUGUCGAUCGCUUCUGUUGCUCUUGGAGUUCUUGGAAUUAUGCCGUUCUUGGGAGUGAACCUUGACGCCACGUCGAUGAUCACAAUAGCGAUGAGUGUCGGAUUUUCUGUUGAUUUUGCAGCGCAUGUCUCUUACGCUUUUAUGACGCAGAAGAUUAGCGACAGUUCACAGCAAAACCCUGCCUUCUCUCGUCUUCAGGCCACACUUGGAACAGUUGGUUGGCCAAUUACUCAGGCGUCCUUAUCAGUGCUCCUUGGAAUAUCCUCCCUUACGUUCGUCGACAGCUAUGUUGUACAGACGUGCUUCAAGACUGUAAUACUCGUUAUUGCGUUCGGCACAGUCCAUGCACUUCUGUUCCUUCCUCUUAUUCUCAUGCUCGCCCAUAAAAUCUAUCUGGUUUUUGCUGCAUCCCAUCGACGAUCUCAUAGCAACGUCUCACCACAAAAGGAAAUUGAAAAUGAACUCAAAUUUUGA